GUCUGGGAGUUGAACCUUGGAGUUGACUGUUGAAAUUGUUGAACGGCAGACCCAGAGCGAGACAGGGAGGGAAAAUGGGAAAGCAAACAAAGUUUUGCUCCAUUUGAAAGCUUUCCUUUCUUGUCUCACGUAUCUCAUCUGCUAUUGCUAUUAUUUACCGGUCAAUAUUAUCAUUUCUCUCCCUAUUUUCUCUUCUUUCUUGGUUUGGCUUUCCAUACAUUCUCUCUCUCUCUUUACUAGCAAGAAUUUGAAGCAAAAAUGAUCAUCUUCAGUAGAUGAAAAGACCAGGCUACUGUUCUCAUUUGCCUUCUAAAGGGGUUCAGUUUUUGUACUUCAAUUUCAACAACUGUUUCAGAUUCGAUGCUGUAACUGCUGAGUUGCAAUUUGUUGCAUGUUUCGUGCUAUGUCUAGCUGCUACUGAUAUGCCAUGGGAAAGGGAUCGCCUAAGAGCCAUAUGCUGAAGAGCCCUAUGUCCAAGAGUUCUGUGCUGAGGAGUCCUAUGCCGAAGAGUCCUAUGCCAAAGAGUCCUAUUCCGAAGAGUCCAGUUGCCUAUGAGAAAUACAAGUCAAGAUGUGCAUAUGGUUUAAUGAGUUGCUUCCGUUUUCGGCAUGGUCACUCAAAGAAGCUGAUUUCUGAUAUUCAUAGGAGAAGCUUAAACAGAGAUGCUCUUGGUGAUGGAUACAUAGAGAAUAGCCUUGAGUUUCACUCAGAUCAACACAGUCAUGAUGGAGUGAAUGACAAAUCUAUGAUGCUUGAUUCUGGUUGUGCAAAAGAAGAAAAAUUCAAGGGAGGAGAUGUGUCCAUUGAGCAGCAGAUAAAGAAGAAGAUUAUGACUGCUGAUGUGGAAAAUGUACAAUCUAAUUCUGAACUUGUUGAUGACCUAUCAAGGAAGUGUAGAGAAGCAAUCAAGACUUCUCGAACACGUCAUCGUUUACCUAUUUAUGGUUGUUAUGAUGUAUCAACUGUGAAGCAUAGAAAACCUACUCAUCAAAAUUUGGCCGACAGUGAGAGAUCUUCAAAGUCAUUAGACUCUGCAUUGACUGCAGAAAUGCAAUUGCAUUUGCAUCCUAAAAAUGAGAGCGACUGCAAUUGUAAAAGUACAAAUUGCGCGCAGCAUGACCAAGUCAAUGAGAUCAAUCUUCAAGUUAAUAUGAAUGAAGCAACUGAAGCAUUUAUAAACCAGAAGUUGAUUGAUGGAAAACACCUUGGUGGUAGUGGGAUAGUUCAGCAGUCUAAGCACUUCUUGGAUGCAUUAGAGAUACUGAAUUCCAACAGGGAUUUGUUCUUAAAACUUCUGCAAGACCCCAAUUCUCUGUUGCUGAAACACAUUGAAGAUUUGAGAGACUCUCAGGCAAAGCAGCAGCAGGAUAAAUCCUUCACUAAAGCCGAAUUAUCAGAACAGCAGACAAGGAAUACAAAAGAAUGUAACCAGUCUAAGGAAGCUGGUGAUUGUCAGCCCCUGGAGAAAAUAGUAGUUUUCAGGCGUAGUUCAGAAAGCUUGCAAAACUGUGAAGAUCAAAGAAUCAGUCAUGACACUCCACGAAUUCAUUAUGGCUCAAGGAAUGUACAGCAUAGUGUUAAACCUGCAUUUUUUGCUUUCGAACAAAUGAAAAGAAAGUUGAUGCGUGCUAUGGGGCUAGUCAGGAAAAAGCAACAGUUAAUGCUAACUGAUGGUUCUUCGCAUCAGAAGUCUAUCCAUGAGUUAGAGGGCUUCGGACAACAUGGCAAAGCAACAGGUGUAGAUAUUAUCAAAAGAAAAUCAACUGACAAAGCCUCCUCUGAUUCUGGAGGAAUGACCAAAUCUUCCAUGGAUGUGAAGGGGAAAGACCAAAUGGACAAGGUGAAUGAGUUUGAUCCGGUUGGUAGAGAUGAAUCUACUUCAACCAGUGGAAGUGGUCAUGAAAACUUACAUUUGUCAAACCUCAAUCAUCCGAAGAGAAACAAACAUGAUGCGUUUGUUGAGCCUAGGGUAUGUGUCUCUGAAAUGAAAAUUGGAAGUGCAAAUUUUUUAAGGAGGCAGAAAGCAAAAAGCUGGGAUGGGAUAAGCUAUGUUCCUGAAUGUGACUUCUUAUCUAUGGUCAGCUCCAGAAGGACAGGGGAACAUGGGUUCGUCUCCCCACAGAUGAGAUUUUCCUCCAACAGUAAUCAUCAAAUUGUCAGCCUCAGCGAGAACAAUUGGAGAGAUUCAAAUGAAAAGAAAAGCAGUUGCUCAAGUCCAUUGAAGCAGAAUGUAGAGGCUCUGCCGUGGGCUGUUAAACAGAAACAACCACAAAUGUAUGAGACGAGGCCAAACAUCUCAUACAGCCUUUUUCCUGAUGACAAAGAGCACAAAAGCAUUGCUUGUCUUAGUAAUGAUUUGAACCAUACAGAAACAAAAUAUAGAGAUUCAGAAGAAAUUAGUCCUCCUGAAGUGCCCUCCAAACCAGAUGGUUCGCACAGUAAUGGUAUUAGGCUAAGCACUGAGACAAUUGACAACUGUGAGAAAAGUGAAUCUUUGGAUUUUUCAAAAGAGGAUUCACCUGCGAAGAAUCAGAGAUCAACAUAUUCAAUUGAUGACUAUUCAUCAAGUCCUUUAAACAGUCAGAUAUUUAGAGAAUUUGACACAAGCAAAGACAAGGAAGCGCAGCCAAGUCCAGUAUCGGUGCUUGAUCAGUUGUUCAUAGAAGAAAUCAACAGCCCUUUAAACAAUGAAUCCCAACCUGCUCUACGAUCAAUACGACCAUUACAAAAUGGUAUUGAAGAAGGCUGCUUGGCUGAUCACCAUCAGUCCCCUUCAGAUUCGAAGAUCAAUUCAAGUACUUCCAUUAAAGAAUAUGGCUCUAUGUUCAAGUACAUAAGCAGAGUCUUACAGGCUUGUCAAUUCAGUUGGGAUGAACUUGCAUUCAAGUGCCAUUUCUCAGACCAACUGCAUGACCAAUCCUUAUUUGAUGACAGAGACGUGUGGCCUAAUCAUUUCUGUGGUGAUCACAGGCUACUCUUUGACCAUGUUAUUGAAGUCCUUGUAGAUGUAAACCAAUGCAAUUUAAGAUGUUCCCCUUGGUUGUCAUUCAUCAAACCCAGAAUUCUACCAGCUAGGAUGACAGGAAGUGUAGCUCAUCAUGUGAUGAAAUAUGUUGAUUGGGACCUCCUUCUGGCUCCAACUUCUCAAACAAUGGAGCAAAUUCUUGUAAAGGACUUGAGUAAAUCUAGAACAUGGAUGGAUAUCCGAACUGAUGUUGAAGAUGCUGUUAGUGAGAUGGUAGAAAGUCUUUGGGAAGAAUUGGUGAUGGAAUUCACUCUUGAGUAGCUAAUUGCUUAAAUAUAUUUCCUGGCACUCAUAUUUCUUGACAAGAAUUUUCACCAGUGAGAUCCAAACCCUGGCUUCAUUUGCUCUGGUCCAAGUUAGAUCUAAAAGAAUUUUGGACAGGAAGCUCCAGCAUGGUAAAUAUGAUAAUUGUAAGCAUAUGUUUGCUAACUGUAUCGAGUAUUUAAAGAUUGGGGAUCAAGAUUGUGUCGUUAUAGGCAAGUUUUGUGUACUGUUAAAAAGGAUUGUUGGUUGCUUUGUUGAGCUAAUAAUAGUGUACACAUCUAAAAUUUUACGAGUAUA